UUCGGGAGCCCAGGAUCUGUUUGCUGGGCUCAUUUCUCAAGCUGUAGACCCAGGUGGCUCAGGCCCGCAGCCCAUCCGAGAGCAUGAGUAGAAGGAAAGAAGGGGACUCGUUCAGCAUACUCAGAAUCUACGAUGAGCAGGAGGAGAUGAGGAGUGUGCUGGAAAAUGCUGGCAUUUCCUUCCAACCUGAGCCUCAAGUGCAGCCCCAGCCAGAGGGAGCAAGCAGGGUGCACCAGCAGCCUGCAGGUUCCCCGAGGCAGCAAGGCCCGGUUUAUCAGGAGAUGAGCACCAUGACUCCCCAGCAGUGGGCGCUGCAGGCCCUAGACAAGUCCACGCUCCAGGCCAGUUGGCUGUCUGAGGUGGAACCGGGAGAAGAGGCUGAGUUGGGCCCCAGCCUCCUGCCAGGACCCAAGUUUGGCCAGCCUUGCCCUUCGCCUCCUCGUCAUGAAGAUAUCUGGGCAUUCCUCAGAGCAGUUCCUUCUGUGCCAGGUGUGGUCAGUCAGAGUACCCCACGUGAGUCCUGGAAAGUUGGCAGCCUCCACCAUGGAAAGAAAGUCUAUGCUGUAGCCAUCAGCAACUCGACUCACCAUGUGUACACCUGUGGCCACGGCUUUAUCAAAGUGUGGGAUAAGAGUGCUUGGCAUGCCUGGGACAGGCCCCCUCAGGCCCAGCUGAACUUGCAGGAUCAUCAGAACUGCAUCCUCACCUGCAAGCUGUUCCCAGAUGAGCAGCAGCUGAUCACUGGGGGUCUGUCCCGGACCCUAACUCUUUGGGAUCUGGCACCCACCCCCCGCAUCAGGGCCCAGCUGGCCUCCACGGGCCUCAUGUGCUAUUCUCUGGCUAUCUCCUCCAAUGCCCAGAUCUGUUUGGCAUGUUUCAAAGGAUUUGUUGAGAUUUGGGAUUUGCAGAACCAGAUCUUGAUCAGGAGGCACCAAGUCCCCACGUAUGGGUCUCGAUGUGUGGACAUCGCAGGCAAUAAGUUCUGGACAGGAGGUGAAGACGCCAGCUUGUAUUCCUGGGACCUGAGGACCUACCAGAAGUUGCAGGAACAGUAUUUACAGCAUGAGAUCCUCAGCAUUGCCCACGACCCCAGUGAGGAGUACCUUUUAGUGGGCUUGAGCACAAGUGACAUCGUGAUGCUGCACACGCACCGGAGGGAGAAGUUCAAGGCUGUCAUACACAAAUACAUCCACCACCACAACCUCAAGUUUGCCUCCUCUGGGAGCUAUUUUGUGACCACAAUGGACGAGUCGAUCCACUGCUUAGCAGCACCUUCUCUACAAAGAUUGUUUCAGAUAGAGGAAUCUACAGAAAUCCUGUGUUGUGAUGUGUCUUCUGACAACCAGUAUCUGGUCACGGGCUCCAAGAACAGUGCCUCAGUUUACCAGCUCUUGUACUGAGACAUGUGCACCACGGGCCUGCUGGUGAAAACCCAGAGGAGGCGAGUGUGCUGGGGAGAUGACCGUGGUGCUGGACAGCGCCGACACCUCCCACACCCCUGCCUUACUGGUUGACUGGUUGUCUGUCCAUCCUUCUCCCUGCCAACAUGAACACCUAGCCUGCACUUCCCAAGUUUUUAUUAUAUGGUUUAGGGAAUUUUCCUUUGUUCUACCAGAUUUUUUCCACCACUGAUUUCUGGGUUUUGGUGGAGAAACUUGCCUUUAUAAUUAAUA